AUGUCCUCUUCAAGCAGUGAGAAUGAAGAUGGUACUCAACCAAAUAGAAACAACACUGGCAAUAAUAACAAUAAUAACCAUAACAAUUGGAAUAAUCCAUUAGAAGCAUUAAAUAGAAUAUUAAGUGAUGGUACAGCUUCUCUUCAAGAAACAAAUUUAAAUAAUGAUAAUGAUGAUAAUGAUACAGAUGUUCUGUUUAGUGGUACUAUUGCUCAAGGGAUUCCAGGAUUUUCUGUAACAAUUGGAAGAACAAAUAUAUCAAAUAAUAAUAUAAAUGGACCAACAACUGAAGAUCCAGUUUUCAAUAUUAAUAAUAUACCAAAUAAUUUAAGAGAAAUUGUGGAAACUUUUUUAAGAGAUAGAUCAAAUGGUAGUGGAAGAAAUAAAAAAGCUACAAAAGAUGCUAUAAAACAUUUAAAAAUUGUGGAACCGUUAUCUUUAAAAGAAUCUGAUAGAAUUUGUUCAAUUUGUUAUGAAGAUUAUGAUAAUGUUGAAAUUAAAAAUAAUGAAGAUGAAGGUGAUGAAUUAAAUGAUGAAAAUAAUUUAAAAAAAUUAGAAUCAAUUUAUAAAAAAACUCGUCAAAUUAUGAAUGAUGAUCCUGAAAUUUUAAUACCUCAUGAUUCUUUAGCUCAAAAUUAUAGUAAAUAUCAAAGAUUUGUAAAAGAACCAGAUCAUAAUGAAGAAUCAGAUCAACAUAUCCCUGUUCAAAUGCCAUGUGGUCAUAUUUUUGGUCGUUCUUGUUUAAUUGAAUGGUUAAAAGAACAUGUUUCAUGUCCAUUUUGUCGUCGUGAAGUUGAAGCUCAAUCAACAAAAGAUUCGAAAUCAAAAAUAAAUUCAGCUUAUAGAAAUCCAAGACUUGCUCCUGCAAAUUGGGCUGGUGAUGAAUUAAAUUUAUUUGAUGAUCCUCAAUUACCUUUCCCUCAUGGUACAAGAACAACUUCAAAUAGAGGUAAUUUUUCAUUUUUUGGAAAUUCAAUCUUCAAUUAA